UGGACAUAAUACUACUGCAGCUGCGGCUCCACGCGCGCUCAUCCCCGCUUUAUGACUACUUUUAUCCUGUUAUGUCUGGAGCCCAAUGCUGUCAGCAGCGGCACAUUUCAUGCAUUUUUCAGGGCCCUCGCGCGGAGGAAGAAACUUUUCGUAAACCAAAAGACUUGCUAAGAAUGAGUCGCGAAUAACUCCGGGUAUUGUUGUUAUCUACCCUCUCCUUUCUUUCUCUCUUCUCCCCCUGUCCCGCGCUCUCCAAGUUGAGUCAUUGUACAUAAGUAUGGUAGAUAAAGGCCCCUUGUUGACUUCUGCCAUUAUUUUUUACCUGUCCAUUGGGGCAGCAAUUUUUCAAGUUCUGGAGGAGCCCAAUUGGAAGCAGGCUGCAAAGCAGUAUAGUGACAAGAAGGAUAAAAUACUUGAGGACUAUCCCUGUCUGACGAAAGAUGAUUUGGACAAAAUAUUAGAGGUGGUGUCUGAUGCUGCAGGCCAAGGGGUCACUAUAACUGGCAGCAAGACCUUCAACAACUGGAACUGGCCAAAUGCCGUUAUCUUUGCUGCCACUGUUAUCACCACGAUCGGAUAUGGAAACAUCGCCCCCAAAACGUCAGCAGGCCGUGUAUUUUGUAUCUUCUACGGACUGUUUGGUGUGCCUUUAUGUCUUACCUGGAUCAGUGAGCUAGGAAAGUUCUUUGGAGGCAGAGCCAAGCACCUGGGACAGUUUCUCACCAAAAAAGGAUUCUCACUGAGAAAGGCUCAAUUUACCUGCACAGCUAUAUUUCUGCUCUGGGGUGUGCUGGUCCAUCUAGUCCUUCCACCUUUUGUAUUUAUGUCCCAAGAGGGUUGGACAUAUAUUGAAGGCUUGUACUUCUCAUUUGUCACCUUGACCACAAUUGGAUUUGGGGACCUGGUAGCAGGUGUAGAACCAAAUAAAGAAUACCCAACUCUGUACCGUUACUUUGUGGAAGUGUGGAUUUAUCUGGGGUUGGCCUGGCUUUCUUUGUUCUUCAACUGGAAAGUACGGAUGGUGAUUGAGGCCCACAAGGCACUGAAGAAACGCCGCAAGCUGCGCAAGCUAUCUCUUGAUGAGCUCCGGCACUACAAGGAGUCUCACAAGGCCUCCCUUCGUUUGCCACCUACUCCUAAUGAUGUCAACAUCUUCAGCUUCCUGUCCAAGAAGCAGGAAGGCUACAAUGACUUGAUAAAGCAGAUUGGCACCAAAAAAGAUGGUAGAAGAAGCAACAGUAGUAAUGCAAACACCAUCAAUAAAUCCAAAGAUAUCGGUCGUUCCAAGAGUUGCAACGAUGCUCCCAUCUUUAAUGGUCACACCAUCCUUAGUCUGGACCGUUCACCGCGCCAAAAGAGACGCUAUAGUUUUAGCGAUCGCGUCACUGUUGCUUUCUCAAAGUCCAAGAACUACCUCCUGGGCUCAGACAACGGUUUGCUGCUUACAGAGGACCAAGUAGAGGGCGACCUAGACCUUGACCCCAGCCAAAUGUACGAGAACCAGCUUGACAAGGACGUUGAAUUGGAGAACGGAGGGAUGGGCGACUGUGGAGCAGGGGGUCGAAGGGCGUGGGACUCUAAGGAGUACCAUCCUCUGACAUUCCAAAAUGCAAACAUUACUUUUAUAGAUGAGGAGAACUUUCUCAGUAAUAACUUGGAAGAAGAGGAUGACGAUGACGAUGAUGACGCUGAUUCUAAAGCAAAACUAUCUAUUACUACAUGUGAUGAAAACAUUGAAACAAACUCCAAGGAAGAGCAGAUUUCAGAAUCUGAAGGAUCUGUGUUCACUAGUGAUGGUUCAGAGCACAGCCACUCCUAUGAGAAACUUGUAGAAGAAUAUGCAAAGGAAGAAAAUACAGAAUCUUGAGAUAUCACAGUCUUGAACUAUGUAAAGUCAACGCAUCAUCCAGGUCCUUUGAUGUUGACUUGGUUGCCAUUGAAGUAUAUGUAUUCUAAUGUGAAUUGUUUGAAUGAAUAUCAGGAUUCCCAUUGCACAUUUGGGGGUCUGAUGAUGAAAGACUGCAAAGCCAAGAUCAAAUUUCAAAUACAUUUUAUGUUCGAAUCUGGGGAAUGAAAAUCAACAUCAUGUUGAGGUUCCUUAAAACUCUUGAUCAUCUUGAUGAAUAUGGACUACAGAGCACGAACCCCAUGAGUAUUUAACAUCUACUCUAUUUAUGUCUUUUUGUAUGGUUUGAGAAACUGAAUGCCACACAUGUAUUGUAAUGUUCCAACCAAGAACUAUUUACCAUGAGUUAUUUUUUUUCUACUCAUAGGCUGAUAAGAAAUUCUAUGUGGAAAUGUGUUUGAUCUCCAUAGUUUCUUCUAUGCAUAUUCACCAUAUUGGUGCUUUUUAUAAUAUUUAUUUAAAAAAUGAAGGACACAGUAGCUUUUAUUCAAUGGCGACAUGGGUUUAUAUGUCACCCAUUGCACAAUUCCACCAAAAUGAGGACAGUUCGGAGUCCAUUUCAGUGCAGACUGUCUUUUUAGAGCCUGAGCCAAACAUUUGUCCUUAAAGAAAAUGAAGGGGGUUAAGAGCCAAUUCUCCUUUUUUUUUCUUUUCUUUUUUUUUUCUUUUUUGAAGUCCUUGAUCACUUGUUGUGUCUGAGAUUUCUGUAUAUUUUGACUGUGAGCAAUAGAAUUAUGACUGCACUAGAGGUUAUCAGUGAUGCAAAGCAACAUCUAGAUAUCUAGAACCAACUGAGAAACUAUGAAAGGAAUCUAAUUAAUUCCAUGAACGGAGAACAGUUCAUGGCAAAUCUGAAUUUCCCGCCAGAGAGACGGAUUGUUUUUUGCCUUUUUUGAACACUUUUGUCCCAAACUGCUAUUAGAAAUGCUUUGGUAAUGAUCCCCAAUACCCUCAAACUGGUUUCGUGAAAAAUUACAGUUUUUUGCUGCAGACAACAGGUCAAGUGCCAAUCUGUGGCUUCUGGGCAUAAUGGAAAACCUUUACAGCAAGAAUAUUCUCACUUCUUGUCUCUUUAGCACCCUUUGACUUCAUUGUAUUUGCCAUGUAAAUAUUGGCUGAAAGCCCGACAGUAGCCACAAACACAGCUUUGCUUAGGACAUGGCCUUGCUGCUCAUGUUUGCCUUUGGGGGCUUGCACUGGCAUGAAAGACUGAAGUACCGCAUGUGACAGGCAUCCAAGGUUAACCUGAAACCGAUCAAUGCUCUCUUGACGUAUGUUUCAGUCAUGAGACAUAAAGUCGACGGUACUGGUGCUCUUAACUACUGCAUUAUGUUCCUCCACAAAACUGUAAACUUGGAACUAAAAUCUAAUGUGCA